AUCAUUUAUCAGUCAGUCGAGUUUCCGUAUUUUGUGCGUACGUCUGUGAUUAGAGUUCCCUUUGAAAAAAAUAGUUAAAUUGAAUUAAGUAUUUUAACUCGUUCGUUAGAUACAACAUGAUUUCGUUUAGUAUUAGUGUAUUACUCUAAUACAGUAUUAGUUUUCGUUUGGUAUUGACGCGUAAACUAUAAAUUCACCUACCUAACAACAUAAUUUUUUUUAUCGAUUUUAGUAAAAUCAAAACGAUAACAAGUGUCUUCAAUUCUUGUUUUUCUAUUUCUGCAGGACUGUUGUAGUUAUACAUCCAUUAUGGAUAACGCCGGCCAAGUAAUUACCACACCAAAUGAAGAAGACGAGAAACAGUGUAGAUCCAAACAGUAUCUGACCGAGAAGCUGGACCGCGCCGAAAUGAUCAUUGAGAACAUACGUAGGGAGGCUCUAAAAAUGGCUGAAGAUCUCGACAAUGUCUACAACAGUGUGGACGCGGUGAGGAAUUCCAAAUCAAUGAACUAUCUGAGUGAUGGUUAGUGUCUUUGAGUUGCCCCAGAAAUAAUUGAUCUUUUACUGUUGAUUUUUAUCAUUUUGUUUUUGUAGUGGACAAAGAAGAUAUCAGUCUGUUUGCUGAUCGGAUUGUCAGCCGCUGCGAAACUGUUAACAUAAAUGUGCACACUACUCGUAGUGACAGUCAGUUAAACUGUUUGGAAGAAAUUAAUGUCAUGAUCGACAAAAUAGUCAACACUCUAAGAGACGACCCGGACACAGCCAAGUCCACAUGCCAGUCAUAUAUAGCUUCAUGCAGUUCAACAGAAAAUGAAUCUGGUAGUAAAGUUUUCGAGACCGCCGUUUUGGGGUGCACACUUGACGAUCAAAAAAGAAUUUUCAAACGGCUCCAAGGCUUGUUGGAUUAUAUAGUACACACGACUUAUGUUAUUGAAUCCGAUGAUGAGUAACUUGUUAUCAUGGAAUUUUAGAAUCUCAUUUUAAUUAUAACCAUUCCUUAUAAGUUUAAUACAAAAUAUUUUAACUAUUAUGACUAUAUAAACUAAUUGUUAUGACACUUAACAGGUUUGAUUUUUCUUAAUAAGCACACAGUGAUAUUAUUUUUAUUGUUUUAUUUUAUUUAAUACGCAUAAAUAUUUUUAUAUUGGAAGAAAGUAAUCGAUUAAAAAUUAUUACGGUAUGACACAAGAGUUCUUAAAGAUAUUUUUUUUCUUUUGUCGUAUUUUUCCCGAUCUUAGUUUAAUUGUUGUUGAUGAAUUUCUGUUAUGAUAUGGAGCCGCACCAAAUGAACCUAAAAUUAAAUAAAUAGAGGGUGAUAAUUAAAAGAUUAUUCAUUUAACACUUGGUUAUAAAAACUUAAAUAGAUAGAAACAUAGCCACAAAAUAUGAGUGAAAUUUUUGAACCUUCAUCCAGACUAACUUAACCUUACUGAAAUUAUUAUAUACAUUUUUUUUUUUAAAAAUAUUGUAAAUUUUAUUAAAUACACAUUUUAUCAUUAAUAUGCUAGGAAUAAACCAUAAGGUUUAUGGAUAAUAUUAAUAUUUAUCUUAUAUAAACCUUCAUAAAACUAUAAGUUAUUUGCAUAGACCUAUAAAUAAGUUUAUAGGUUUAUGGUUAUAUUGUUUUCACCAUAAUAGGUACUAUACUCAUAAAAAUUACGUUGAUAACAUAACAUUUACAUUUAUACAGACUACAAGAUAAUAUAAUACUAAUUUUAAAUUAUAAUUAUUUAUAAAAUGUAUAGUUCAAUAACAUGUUAUUAAAAUAAAAAUAUUGUACUAAUUUGGAGCCAAGUGGGAUUGCAUCCCUCUUAUCACUCUUAGUUAUGCCACUGAAUGUAGAUUAUUUUAGUUAUUAAUUGAGGCCUUCAGUUUAAUAACGAACUAAGUUAUACAUUUUUCAUAUUUAUCUAGACAGCAUAAAUAGAAAACAUACACCAUAAAAUUUAAUUCAUAAACAAAUUAAGUCAUCUUUACUUAAUAUUCAUUUUAAGAUGACAGCACCUUAACUGCUAUUUUGUAUUAUGAAAUUAUAAAUAUUUAUGAAAACAAGAAUGGAGGUGGAGAAAGGGUCGGGAUGAGUCUGUUAUCUCAUUGAAGGUCUCGAUUGAUGUUGAAAAUAAUAUUUUAUUAUGCGCUUUCUAUCAUAUUAAUGUUUGAGUUGCUGAUAAAUGUCCAUUUAAAAUUUAAGUUAUAUUAAAAUAUUUAUUGUUAAUUAUAUAAAAUAAUGUUAUUGAGUUUUUAAGUUAUCAAUAUUUAUGAACAGAUAAAUAUUUUCAAGUUCAAUUUAAACUAUAAUAUCUAAUUGUAUAUUUUAUUCAAUCAUAUGGAAAUUUUAAUUUUAAUUUUUAACUUAAAUGUAGUAUUGAUUUAAACAAAAUACAAAUUAUAAAAGAAAAAACUGUUAAUUUGUUAAAAAUAAUUUAAUUACCUAUUGUGUAUGUUUGGUGUACCCCAUUACCCGACAUAUAUUCUUGUUCUUCCUUCUGAAUUUCCACCAGGCACCGUGAGGCCAAGUAUCUAAAUACAUUGUUGACAUUGACAUCAUCUUUUACCGAUGUACGUAUUAGCUUACAGCCCAACGAUCGGGCGAGAAUAUCAACUUCUUGUCUGAAAAUUAUGUAUAAUAUAAUAGUAUUAAUUAUUGAACGUAGAGUUUGAACUUGGUUUUGUAUGUUUUAAUUAUGUAAAAGAAAAAAAAUAAUAAGAACUAUGGCCACACACAGUACUCACAGUACAAAUAUUUUUACAUAAAUAAACAAGAUCCAGUGGAUGACAUAGUACAGGUUUAUAACAGAUAAUAUUAGGAUAGUUACUAAUGCAGUAAUUUAUCAAAAAGUCAAUAAUAAUUAGAAAACAUAGGGGCAUUUCUAAGGAAGUUGGAAUGAAGAUGGAGAAUGUGGAAUUGAAAAAAAGAACACUUAUAGAAUGAAAGAACUAGAACUUAAAAAUGUAUAUUUGUGAAUAAAGAAGGAGAAUCUAUAUAGAGAUGAAGUGAAGGUUUGUCAAAUGUCUCUGAUUGGCAAGGCUUGAAAGACCCAACACCUUACGUGAAUAUAAAACUAUAUGAUUAUUUUCUGAUCAUUAUUCUAAUUUAAAAAGUUCAUAAUUAAUAUUGGAAUAAAUGUAUUUUUAAUAUGAGAGCUCCACUUAUAUUUUAAAAGUACUAAAAAGUUUCUAAAAUUUAUUACAAUUAUUUAAACAUAAAUAAUAAACAAUCAUACUACUUACGGAUCAACUUGGCUACGAUCUAAUAAAUCAAUUUUAUUUUGGACAAUCACUGUUGGUAUUUUUCCACAUUCAUCUUCUACCUAAAAUAAAACCACACCAAUUCUCAUAGAUUUAAAAAUUGUAGUUAAAAAUCAAUUGAUUAGUAGUAUUUUGUAAGAUAAGCUGUUUAAACUUACAUUAUUGUUGUACUCAAAUUUGAGUAUACUGAAGAGAAGAAUCAAGAUAAAUAAUUACUACCAACACCCUUUAAAAAGUAUAAAGAAAUUAAUUAAGUAUAAAUUAAACACCACAUGCACUUAAAAUAUAAUAUUUUGACCUGUUACCAGGCAAAUAUAGCAUUAUGAGAGGGCAAUCCUACCUCAGCAUAAGUAAAUUGCUUUGGCAUGCAUUUUUUUUUAUAUCAAAUAGACAACCUCUCAAAUAUAAUUAUAUUAAUAAUGAUAAAUAUUUUACUUUUCAUAGUUAACUCUAGUAAAAAUAUUUUAUUAUUGUUAUUUGUUUUUGUCACUUAUGUAUAAUAGGUAUACAUUUAACUACUUGCAUAAUAUUGAUUACAAGCUACAAUUAUAUUAUCUACUAUAGUUUUCAAAAAUGUCAAACAAAAUUUAAUUGAAUUAAUGAAUUAUAAUAUAGAUAAACAAUUUUAUUAGCAUUGUAACUAAUGCUUUUUAAAAACCAUGGUAGUAAAACAUCUGUGAUAAAUUGAUUUAAAAUAUAAAUUAAAUGCAAUAAAUCAUUAUAAGAUGCAAAUAAACUUAAAAAUAGCUAUAUUUGAAAUUUUCCCAUAAAAUAAGUUAUUAUAAGUUGUUUAAAAUAUUCUCAGGGUGUAGUUAUAUUGUCUGCCACUCAUUAAACAUUUAUAUUCAAAAUUGAUUAAUAUUAAUUCUGAAUAAAAUAAAUACAUAUUGUUAAGAAAAAAAAAAUUAAGUAUUGAUCAAUAAGAAAAUAUUUUAUGCCAAUCAAUAAUACACAAAUAAAAUUUUAAAAAAAAAUGUUCGAUAUUAGAAAAUCAUUAAUAAUAUAUUAUAAAUAAUCAAUGAGUACUUGUUAUUAAUUAUUUAUUCAGAAGUUGAGUGGAUAUGUAUUGAAAAGAAAAAAAUACCAUACCAAAACCAUAGACAUGUUUCAAGUACCUAUAAUUGAUAGCUAUUAUUAAUCUAACCACCAGUAUUAAAGUAUUUGAUGAAAUGAAACCUUGAUUUUCCACGAAUGGAUUGCUUCAAAUGAAUCUCUAUCACUUGUAGAAAAUGCCAACACACAAGCUUGGGCUCCUCUAUAGUAUGCUUUAGUAAUGGCGUCAAAUUCUUCUUGGCCUGCUGUGUCCCAUAACAUUAAUCUUACAUCUUCUCCAUUGCAUCUAAAUACAGAAAAAGUUUCUAAUUAAUAUCAAUUAAUCGUAUAUUAGCAUAGUGAAAUUAUUGUAAACUUAAAGAAAAAAUAAAUUUAUAAUACCAAAAUAUUAUAACUAAAAACAUUUUUGUACCAAUUUUUAAAACUAAAAAUUAUCAUUAAAUACAAAUAGAUCAACAUUUUUAUUUUAUUACAUUAGUAAUUUGCUGUACAACACACAUACAUAAAUUAGUUGUUUUGCAGGAAAAUAAAAUAAAAUUACUAAUUUAGAUUUUACUGUAUUUAGGUACUUAGGUAUUAAUAGUUUUUAAUUCAGUUAUUUAUUUUUGAAUUAUUUGUGUUCAUAUUUUUGUAUUUUAUUAUCUGUUAUAAAUUAUGUAGAUACUUUUAUGUCUUUAUUGUGUUAGAAUAAAAAUUACAUUUACCCAUGGUCUUUGUAAAAUUUAAUAGGUUCUUACAUACUAAAUUAAAUUAAUUAAACAGAUAUGAACAUUAAUUAUUUGAACAAUAGUUCAUAAAUUUAUUCAUAUAGAUUUUUUUAAAAAAACAAAUUUCAUAUCAAUUAUCUUUUGUUAGAUCUUAAGAUGUAUUUAUAUUUACUAAAACUCCAUUUGACAUCACACAACAUAAUUUUCGCGUACUUAAAUUGUUACUUCCCCAGGAGUUAUAAUUUGGAAACCUUCCAGAUUAUUUCCAUUUUAAAAAAGUAUUACGUAACAUAAACAUAGAUUUUAGUGAAAAAAAAAGAAAAUACCACCGUUUACUUUAACAUGAACUACCUAAUUCGUGGACAUAACUGACAAAAAUAGUAAUCAAAAGUUGCAAAAAAAACAUACCAAUGCAUAUAAAUUUUAGACCUAAUUAUAUUAUAAUAAUAAAUUAUUAUUUGACGAGCAAAGUAUACAUCAGAAUGUUAAUCCAUUCCGGUUGUUUGAACGAAAUUUGCUCAAGGCUGUAAUUUGUGCAGAAUGAAAAAAAUAAAGUAGAGUAAAAAAUAAUCUGAUAUUGUUGUAUCUUUAAUACGACAGCUGUCAAGUGUUAACAAGCUGUCCCCAUAUUCUGCAGAGGUAGGAAUUUAUUUACUGAGAAAAACGUAGUUUAAUAUUUAUACCUUAAUAUGAUUUUUUUUUUAAAUCGAUAUUAUAUAGGUUCCUUGGGUAUCAAAAGUCAAAAUAUGGUUUAAUUACUUACACCAAUAUAUUCAUAGAUGUAAAGCUGUAUAAGUUUAUAUAAAUAUAUAGUAGUACAAGUAUACAUUUUCUUUUUCAUUCUUUAAUUUUGUGAAGGUUUCUGAGAGUUUUAACAUAGUAGAUAUUUUUGACAAAUGUGCAGUAGUAAUAGGUAUCUAGUGGAGAUUAAAUAAUAGUAUAGUACAAUAUUUAAACCCACUAAAAGUUUUUUUUAAUUUUAAUCACCAUUUAAAUAGGUAUAUCUUUGUUGCAGAUUAGACAAAUUCAGUAGGUACCUAUCCCUUUUCCUAGUGUACAAGCAAUUUGUUUUUUUUUUUUUUAUCAAGUACCUAAAUAUAAAAUGCAUAACUAUUAAAAUGUUUAUACAUAUUCAGUACUCUAUUCUUUCCAUAUGGUAUUUUUGAAAUAGGUAUCUAGAUUAUGACAACUAUAAACCAAUUGGAUGUUUUUUUUUUUUUAAAUUAUCAUUAGUUUAACAUACUCUAUUUGUCUUUCCAGGAAGUCCACUCCUAUGGUUUUUUUAUAGUCUCGUGUAAACGUUCCUCUGCAGUAACGCUGAAUCAUACUCGAUUUUCCAACUGCACCAUUUCCCACGAUCACCACCUAAAACCCAAUGUACGUAGUUAAGUAAUUUAAUUGCAUUUAAAACUGUUGUAAAUGUACAGUUGUAGAACAUAUUAUGCAGUAAAAUUAUAUUUAAAUGGUAUGCACCUUUAACGCUAUUUCUAAAUCUUCUUCCCUCAUCACUCAUAAUUGUGUUCGUCCACCGAUUAAUUUUCUGUAAAAAUAUACAUAUAAAUAUUAAUAAAGGUAAAAUAAUAUAUAUUAUUUUUGCAGCUUGAACAAUUUUUCUCAUAAAAAAAAAAAAAAAAACAUAUCGUUAACGGUACAGACAAAAUUGUUUUUACAUAAUAUGCUAUUGAUAUUAGGUACAUAUAGAAUGUUAGUGAGUAUAUUAAAUUUCGCGUAGAAUACGAGUUAAAAUAGCUAUACUCUAAACGAUUCCGUUAUUGAAACACAUUUAUUAUUUUUUUAGUGAGUAGGUAGGUAGGUACCGGUUGGCAUAAUUACGAUGGCCGGUAGGUAAUAAAGUUUAAAUUUGAUCGAGAAUUUUUAUUGUUCGUUUUUACCGUGUUAUUAUAAUAUUUUCAGAGCCACUUAUUCGGUAAUAGUACAAGCAUAAUAUAUUGUAUUAUAUUAUAAUUUGUAGGUUUUCCGUGGCAUUCGAUGAGGCCACAAUUUUUAUGCCGAACACGCGAAUUCCGAUAACAAAUUGGGUUGUUCAAUAAUAUGCAAUUACCUACCGGCUGCCAAUACAAAGUAGGAAAUAAGAUAAUACGUACAUGUUAUAUAGUGUAAUUUUAUCUGAUGGCAAGGAUAAAUAUUAUUGUUAACGAUUCUGAGCGAAGCUAGGCGUUAUGUUAGACAUGCAUCGAAAACUGUAUUAGUUUAUAACCACGAAAAAAACAUAACAAUAAUUAUUGUCCGUACUUUUUCGUCUCGAAUUGUCGAAUGUUUUCUACGAGAAUGACCGGAAGAAUCGAGAUACAAAAUACGAGUGUUUAGGGGUUCGAAACACCCCUCCCCCUUUCCAUUUCCCCGAAAUACGAAAAACGCUACUUCGAGUGCAACGUACUACACAGAGGGUAAAUCACUAACGGAAAUCACAGUGUACAAAUGUCAGAAAACCAUAUACAGGAAAUGUCGGUAAUCGUCGGGAAAAUCGCGCGGUAUCCUGGAAUCUGGCGUACAAACUUAUAUUGAUUUGUGAUUUGCCUUCUGACAAUAUCGAUACUAGUUAAACAGUUCAAACAUUAUUUCACUUGUGCACCGGAAUCGCAACCCGACCAAAUGUGUUUUCCUGUACUAAUACGCGUCUGUGUAACAACCGACAUAUUAUUAUAUUGGCAAGAUAUUUCAAAAUGAAUAUUUAGCUACGAGAUACUACACAUAUAGAUGUUUAUGAUAUGUAAUAAUUAAUAAGUAAUGCGAUUGUGUACGAGACACUCGUUAAUUGCAUUUUGCGUACAGGUAUUUCGAAUCUUUCACGUAUGUAGGUAGCUUAAAAGACGCGGUAUUUAUUUGAAACACGUUUGUCGACAUUUCCAACGAUAUUAUUUUCACCACACUUUUGUACAAUCGCCCGUUGCUUUCGGAAAAAAUUUCUCGAAAAGCCGGAGGGAAAAAAUGUACGCCCGAUGAUCCGGACACCACUAAUUACUAAUUAUAUACUAUAACUAUAGUAAUUUAUUAAAAUGUGUGUUGAGUAUCCAGUGUCGUUAACGUUUCUUUUAAAAAGAAAUUCGUUUCCGUUUCUCGUUCCUACUGCAAAUAAGUUAAUAAUAAUAACUCAUUCCUUACUUAAGCGUUUCUUUGUGAAUAUCUUAUGGAGUCCAAAAUAAUUUUUUUAUAUUCUUAAUUUGAAAAUAUCACUAAUUAGUUAGCUUUGGAACAACAAGUCGUGUAUCAACAAAAAACUGAUUGGCAGAGUCUCGUCUAUUAGAUUCAAAAUUGUAUAAGCGAAAUUUGUCUCGCCAAACGUGUUUCAGAACACUUUCCAGAGAAGAACAAAAGAAUUACAAUAUUUACGUCCACAUUCUUAAAAAUAAGGAAUUGAUUAGUUCACCACAAGCUUGGCAUAAAGGUGUAGGCAAUUUUUGUAAUUUCUUUAAUAUUUUGUAAUUUGUAUUUUAUAAAAUAUCAUUUAAAUAAUGAAAACAAAAAAUUCACGUUCCUAAUCCUAUUUAAAAAUAAUGGAAUUAAUUCCGUCAUUCGUUCCUCUAAAAACGAAUCAAUUUCAGAAAUUACUCCAUUAGAAACGCGUUCCUUAAGAAUACCGUGACUAAGUACCGAUAUUUAUGUUUUAGGAAUCUUCGAUACCAUCCACGGAAGUAAAAAGGACUCGAGUCGAUUUUUGCCGUUUAUUCGUCUAACGUAUUUUAUUUUUUAUUUUUGCCGUCCGAAUUGCGCGAGCGUGCGUAUUUUCGAAAAUUCUUAUAGUCCGUUGGUCUAGGUAUACGAACGUGUGUAUUUUGAACGUUUGAUUCCCGUGUAUAUUUUAAACGGCGCGCAAAGAUUCGCGAUUGGCGGCGCGUAAGCGUGUUAUAAUAUUGCGUGUCUCGGGAACCGUAAAACAUAAAACAAUACCUUUAAUUGUAGAACGGUGGGGGGAAGAAAGGGGGUGCGGACAUAAUAACAAUAAUUCCGUCAGAAACUGCGCGUAUAAUGAUAGGAAAAAAAAAAAAAUAAAAAAACGAAGGCGGCGGCGACGACGACGAGCUCCGUUCAAAACGCAUGCACCGAACGUCCGAGUCGUUGACCCACGCAUUUUUCACAUGAUAAUAAUACAAUAAUUAUUCGUACACGGGUAUAAAAUAAUAGACGCGGGUACAACAACAACAAUAAUAAUAAUAAUAUACGCAUCAUAUAGUCCGAUGAGAAAAAAAAAAAAAAACCAUUGCCUUGGAAUAUUAUUUCGUCCGUAUUUUAGAUAUUAUUGUACUAUAAUUCCUAGCUGGCAGUUAUAUUGUACGAACGCGACGAUAUUUCGCACUCGUAUUAUUAUUUUCUGAUGUGUACGUUUUUGCGCCUGGCGCCAGACAAAUUAUAAACGAAAGAAUAAAAAAUAAAAAAAAAGGGCGAUCGCGAUCUAUACACAAUUAAGGCUCGGAUUUUAAAGCGAUGAAAAUGACCGAAAUAUGACCUGACAAAUAAGCGCUAUUAAAAAAAAAAAAAAAACACCCACGAAAAAUGGCGAUAAAAAAGGAAGUGUUUUUUUAUUUCAAUCUUUUUUUUUUAAAUAUACAAACACAAACGAUAAGAAUUCAUAAAUGUAGACUGCUCGAUGGGUCGAUAUACGCCGGGCCGCUUAAAAAUUGAUUAUAUAAUAUUCCAAACGAAAAUGUAGGUAUUUUUCUUAUGGAUUCGCACAAAUGACAGAUUUACUAUAUUUUAAAAUCCAAAAAUAAAUCAUUAUAAUAUGUAUAUUAACAGUAAAAAAAUAGCACUAAAAAUCUAAAAUACUUCAAAUAUACGAAAAAACAGCGACAUAAAAUUUCCCAUUUGGCAGGGGCGUAACCAAGUUGAUAUACCGGGUAGGUCCGGGCCUACCUAGAUUUUCUAUAAAAAAACAACAAUAAUAUACUUGUAGAUUAUUAUACUCUUAUUUACAAUAGUACUAGAACAAAGAUUAGAUGCGUAAAUAACCGGAGAGAAAAGAAUUUUGAGAUUGAAAAAUUAUGUAAUUUUACAAAAAACUUUUUCAUUUUCAUUCCGAGGAAUUUCUUAUUAAAUUAAAAUCAAUUAAUGUGCAUUGAGUAAAACAUUAUUUUCAUCUAGUUUUCGAUUUACUGAAUUGUUUAUCACGAAAAUCAUCCGACGGCUAAACUCUAAAGUCUACACGAUUGAGAUUUUUUUUUCUCGGCUUUUUAGAAAAAAACGCGAAAAUUCGAUUAAACCAACGUACUGUUUUACGGGGAAAAAAAUCAAACGCGUACGACGGACGUUUUAAAUGUUAUUAGUCGAUCAGUGCGAAAAAUUCGCAUUCAUCCGUAUACGCCCUAGGGUCAAGCAUCGAUUUUGAUUUAGAUCGACGGUAGAGGGAUGCUUAAUCUUUAAAAUUGUAUCUCGUUUUGGUUAAUUAGUAUACAGCAAGAUAAAUAAAGGGUUCGUCGCACCCAUUAGAAACAAUAUAUAACAAAACAUAGGACUUUUUAAAAAUACACUUUGGACGGCCAAUUUCGAUCUGUAAAAGUCCGUCUGAAUAAUCGAAAAAUACUGAGACAUUUCAUAUUAUCCGUGUAGGUGAUGUCAUUACGGUGAAGUCAGUGGUAGCGAUACCCCACCAUUUUUAUAGAGAUUGCAAAUUAAUAGCUAUACGCUAUACUAGAAUAAUAAUUUGUGCGAUAAAAAAAAAAAAAAAAACAAAAACAAAAUGCAUACUUAUUUUAUUUAUUUACAGCCGCAUAAAACAAUAUUUGUUCAAGUUUAGAUCGAAAAAAGACACUUAAUUUUUUUUUUUUUUUAUCGACGAUACAGAAUAUAAAACCGUUGAUGUAUUAUAUUUUGUUGAUUUUGGCGAGAAAAACAAAAAUGUAACCGGGAAAACCGUUUGCUGAGUGGUUAUUUUCCAAAGGGGCUGUAGACGAAUUCGGGGCGGCGGCCAUAGACCCCUUAUUCCCCCCCCCCACCCAUUAGGCACAUGCGGGUAUACUAUGGUCACACACCGUCGUAUAGUAACAAUGCAAUAAUGUUAUCAUACAAGUACGACGUGUAUACAAAAAACACGGGCGUCAUUAUUUUCAGACGGAUUACACGAAUAUUGUAAUUACGGCGUCCAAUUGAAACGGGUUGGGCGUUUCGUAAAAAUACAGCGCACGUUGCACCGUAUAAAUAAGAAAUAUGCAUUUUACGAUAUUAUUGUGCGUGUGCACAUAAAUAGCGAAAUAAACGUACCUACUAAUGUCGGUAACUAAUAUCGUGUCGAAGUAAGUAAUAUCCGUUAUUAUCCGUUGGAUACAAAUGGUGGACCGGGCGCGGGGUAUCGUCCUGACGAAAAACGGUAGUGAAUCGAACGAAUCGUCUUAUUAGCAGUAGAGGUAUACGGUAUUAAAGUCUCCGAGAAAAAAAAAAAAUUAAUAUAUUUAUCGCGCUCUAGAUAUUUUUAUGGGUUUUGUACGGGUUUUACAACGAUACCUAUUUAUUUUUUCUGUUCUUCUGCAGUGCACAACUUUUCUAUUAGAAAUUUCUCUCCGAUUUUUCAGUGUAAAGCGAUUUUUCCGAAAGGAUCAAAUCUGACCGGAGCGGUACUUUAGGAAGGAAUUUUUUUUAAUUUUCUCAAGGGUUUUCAAUUUUCAUAACAAAUUCGAAAAGCCGUUGGUAAAAACGGUAAAAUUCACGAAACGUAUUAUUUUCAAACCGUGAACAUUACGUCUUUUCGAAAGACAGAAUUCCGCUCGGAAUCGUUUUUCGUUAGCAAUAAUGACAGUCGUUGCGUACAGAAAAUAAUAUACAUAUAUUUUCCCAUCUAUCUUCCCGAAUUUUCCCCUACAACAGCGGCCCACCCAUCGUGCAAAGUACGUCCGUUUGUUUUAUUUUAUUCAUCUCGUAGGUAAGAGGGAGACGCGAGAUUUUUGAAAAUCUACAAAAGGGGCGUAGAAUAAAAGAGGUCAGUUACCACAGUUAUGAUGUUCAUAGUGGACUCAUUUCGAAAUACUAUCGCGGCAGUUUAAUUCUCCAUUUUCAACUACCGAUUCAACCCCCCCCCCCUCCGAAGCGAUAUUUUAACAAUCCGGGGACGCCGGCCGUGAUUACAACGCCGGAUUAAGGUUUCACUGGACUCCGGGUUCCAACCCGUAAAGUUUUUUUUACGAAUUUUACCGUAAUAUUAUUUUUUUUACCGAACGUUGGCGUUUUGUAUACUAUUGUGGGCGACACGAAACGGACGACAUAACGAACUCGAGUUGAUCAUUACGUCCGCGGGUCACGGUGACACGGUUUCUCGUGCCCCCCUCCGAAGAGUCCGGUUGCCAGUGCAGUUGUCGGCACACUUAUUUCGUCAUGUCUACACCGAUAUUUCGUGUUAAAAUACUCGAUAAGCGUUGCAUUUUGUACUCCAAAUACGAUGACGUUUCGGUACCGGGCACGCGUUGACUUUUAUCACAGGUUGUAAAAGAGGUUCAAAUAUAAUCCAUAACGGUAACAGUAUGUAUCGAACUUUGAUGUUUGUUUUGAUUAGCUCGUGUCGGAUUAUAAAGAAUACCGUGUCGAAAUUACUGUGCACGCAGCGAAAAGUUUAAAAACAGUUUUACGUAUUCGUGUGUCGUAUACGUAAUAUGAUCCGUACUCAUCACCCCUUUGAUGGGGUUUUCAACAAAAAUAAACAAAUGUUACGUAUACCUACCGACGCAUUAACGUUUUCGGUGACCGAGGGGGCGGGGAGGGGGUGUUUUUGGAGGGGGUUACAAUACGCUGACCUCUCCCGGCUACGCCAUUGUACGUGAAAUAUACACACAAAUAUAGACUACGAAACACGAUUUACCGUGUCGUGUUCACCGCGGCCCUUGAUAAACGAAACGUACGACGUUAGAAACAUUCAACAGAUGUGGGACACUGGUACGCGUCGUAAACAUUUUCCCGUCAAUUAACAACGAGAAAUAUCAUUCGUGGAGAAGAUGGAUGCUAUUACUUCGGAUCGGUUUUGAUUAGUAAUCGCCCGGGUUACGAAACCGCAUUCUACUCAAUUAUUACCUAUUCAAAUACCGUGUUAAUUGGCGACGGCGAUUUUCGGCCAACGGUCGCCUCAGACGGGCACAUGCGAUUAUGAGUAACGACACGAAAGUGUGAAAUUUUGACUAUAACCCUGUACCUAGGUACAUUUUUUUUUUUUUCCGCGGGCCAGGUCGGUGGUUCGUUAAAUAUAUUACGUACGCGGUAAAAACAAACAAACAUAAAAAAAAAAAACAGCCGCCAAAUACGGACGGUUCGUCGGAUUUCACUUUACAAAUAAGUAUACAUUACGAUGCGCGUCGAUUCGUUUAACACCGGCACCGGUCAGAAAUUGUUUAAUGUGACGUUGAUAAACGCCGCACAGCCAAUAGGUGUAUUAUGUGUUAUUGUGCGGUUCGAGCGGACAAUUAUUUUCGGCGUACCUACGUAAUAUUAAUAUUGUUAUUGAUCGCGAGCGGCAAUGUUUCUUACCUGUAGCACUUUUCGGACGGCGGGACGAAAUCCGCCAUAAUCGUUACCGUAAUGUUUCGUUUUAUAACUUUUUCGUGUGGUUUUUUUUUUUUUUUCUAUCUAUUUUUACAACCGCAUAAAGGUUUUUCGAAAGUCGACACAGAAACGAAAAAACAAACCGAUCUAUCAAUUAACACCGGGACGACGCGGGUUAGCGGCGAGACGCGAAACACUCGCACCAAUACAUAACGCGAAAUACAAUGGUACAAGACGCCGUCAAAGUGUAAUAUAAUAACGAUAUAGGAUUCGGUCGUAAAUGAUUUAGACACGAAAAAAAAAAAAAAAAAAAUUACCACUUCCCUUUUACGGGUUUGCGUGCCGACGGAACAUAAUAAUGGUAAACAACAAUCCACUACUAUGGACGACGCGUACACAACAACAACGCCGCCGGAACGUUGUUGGGAGCUAUCAGCCGCGGUCGCGGUGGC